UCUGGGGCCAGGCUCGGGAGUGAGUCACCAUCUGCCCUGCUCUCGCUGCUGCUGCUUCCCAAUCCUAAAAGAAUGCAACUUUCCUUAGAUAGUCUCAACACGCUGAAGGGUCCAACCAAACCGUGCAGAGGGGGGUCUGUUACCCUACUCUAUGCAAUGCUGUAUGAAUGAAAGAGAAAACGGUCUUCCGCACAGUGAGACAGACAAUGGGAGACGUGACACACCGUGGCGGCAAAAUGUGUAAUUGGCUGCUUCUAUCAGUGCUUGUAAAUCAGAGUCCAGAACGGGAGAGGAAGUGAGGUCCCCCCUGCUACGACACUUGGUACGCUCCUAUGUUAGAGGUUGCUCAGUGCCUGUUACAAUAGCAGCAGCAGCAUUUCCAUCAGCUGCUCCUGGCUCUCACACACACACAUAGCUGCUCAGCGCUGGUGCUUCUGCUCUUCCAUCCCAAGUUUGCAUUAGUCCCAGGUUACACACUGACUGGGAGCAGAGAGCUCAGGCGUCACCGGGGAGCCUGUGUGUGACCCAGCAACCUGUGAUCUCCAUUCACAACAAAUAAAUCUCAGCAGCAGCAGUAAAGCCUGGCUGUGUGUGAGCAGGGAGGGGGCCGGACAGCACUCUUUCCCUCCCUGGUGGUGGUGGUGGUGGUGAUGCUGAUCAUGAUGAUGAGGAAGGUUUUUCCCCCCAACUGUUAAACGGAUCCUGUUGCCCAUAGGAAUGAGACUGCACCAGAGGAGCAAAACUAACCCCUGAUAGUUCCAGCAGACCAGCACUCCGGGAACUAGCACAGCCCCAGUAUCAGUUACGGACAUGGACAAGAAGCCUGAUGAGACCACGCCAGGGGAAGCCACACAAGACAAUACCUUGCGGAAGAAAUGUUAGAAAGCUGUGCACUGCAUUCCUUUGGUAUUUUGGGGAGAGGCAGGAAAUGACGGAUUGUGAUUCACAUUUAGGUUUCAGAAUAACAGCAAAAGAAAAUGAUGUACAGCAUACCCCAGCGGAGUCCUCUACACACAACCCAGACAUUCGUCUAGAAGCUGGUCAGCCUAGCACACGGCCAGAGGAAACAACUGCCAGCACGCCUUCACUUGCUGAGAGCCACAUCACCCAUCAACAGACUCAGGGACUCAUUUCUGCCCCAGCAGCUGAAGGGCCCACUUUCAUGUCACAAACCGGGGGACCUUGUAUUUCUACAGAACAAGGGCCCAGGUUACCCCUUGAAGACCAUAGUUCUUUGCCUCAAACCGAAAACUCAAGCACAUCACAAACGACUGAGAGCCUCAACUCUUCAAAAGAGCAACAGACUGUAAAAUGCGAGGGGACCUCUUCACCUGCUGCCCAGUCUCCUACUGCUGCUGUUAGUCCCAGACAAAAACUAGAUACCCAGAAAGCAGAACAGAGACAGAAGCAGGCAAAGGAGAGGAGAGAAGAAAGGGCCAAGUAUCUCGCUGCCAAGAAGAAUGUAUGGCUUGAGAAAGAGGAAAAGGCAAAGCAACUCCGGGAGAAGCAGUUACAAGACAGGAGGAAGAAGUUGGAAGAACAGAGGAUCAAGGCAGAGCGAAAAAGGGUUCUAUUGGAGGAACGGCAAAGGUUAAAGCAUGAGAAAAACAAGGAGAGAUACGAGUCUGCGGUCAGCCGUGCCACAAAGAAGACGUGGGCAGAGAUUCGCCAGCAGCGAUGGUCCUGGGCAGGCGCACUGCAUCAGAACUCUCCUGGACAGAAAGGCGCAAACAGAUGCUCUGUAUCCGCAGUAAACCUUCCCAGACAUGUUGACUCCAUAAUCAACAAGCGAUUAUCCAAAUCUUCUGCCACCUUGUGGAACUCUCCCAACAGAAACAGGAGUUUGCAGCUCAGCCCUUGGGAAAGCAGUAUUGUUGACCGCCUGAUGACACCCACACUGUCCUUUCUAGCCCGAAGCCGCAGUGCAGCAGCUCUCCCGGGAAACAGCAGUAAUCUGAGUUCUUUGGUAUGUCCCCGCUCUGCCUCUGCAAGCCCCCUAGCCCCAUGUAACAAUCACAAGCACCGCCGUAGGAUCACAGUCAGCAGCCCUGAUGUAACCCCCAGAAAGAGGAGUGAUUCCUCCCCGAAAAAGAAAGAAAAGAAGGAGAAAGACCGAGAAAAUGAGCGUGAAAGAAGUGCCCUGACUAGGGACCGUAUCCUGAAGAAACGCCAGUCACUUCCUGCUACAAAGAGCCGUGCAUCUCCAACACCUGACACAAGCAGUACAAAGUCCAAAAACCGCCCAUCCUCACCAUCUACUCCUACUCGCCGCCCGGCAUCGCCUUGUCCAGCUUCUUCAGCACCACUAACCCCAAAGCUGUCUCCCCCAAAGGGUACUCAGGGAACACUGAAGUCAAAAGUAAAGGUAGAGAAGCCGAAGGAGAAAACCUCAAGCAAAACUAGAGAGAAGAAAGUAGAGCAAAAGGUUGAGAAGGAGAGGCAACCAUCCCGUGCACUCCAACCACAGGAAAUCACAAAGACACAGGAAACUCCAGGCGCUGGCCCCUGCAGCACAACGCCAACUAUAGAUUUUAUCAUUUCUUCCAGUGACACCGGCCCUGCACCAGCCCCUUCACAUGCUCCUAUAGCAGUGAGCAAUGCUCCAGCUCCUGCCCCCUCACCAAACAAGCCCAUGGCUGGCACAACAGAUAAAGAUGAAGCUGCCCGGCUGCUGGCAGAGAAGAGACGGCAGGCUAGAGAGCAGAGGGAGCGAGAGGAGCAGGAGAGGAGGGAGAAGGAGGAACAACAAAGACAAGAACGAGAAGAGCGUGCUUUGAGGGAGGCUGAGGAAAAGCUUCAGAGGGAGGCAGAAGCUCAACGGCUGGAGGAACAGCGAAAGCUGGAGGAAGUGGAGAGGCGCCUGCGGGAAGAGGAACAACAGAGGAAAGAAGCUGAAGAAAGAGCCCAAGUUGAGCAAGAGGAAAUGGAAAGACUGCAGAAACAAGUAUGAAUAAAGUAGAUACCAUACGUUGCCAGUAUAG